AUGCAGCUGGACGAUUUAGACUUCGCGGAUGAUAUGGCUCUUCUAUCACAAACGCAACAACAAAUGCAAGAGAAGACGACCAGUGUAGCAGCAGCCUCAGCAGCAGUAGGUCUCAUUAUGAACAAAGGGAAAAGCAAUUAUCUUCUAUACAAUACAGCUCGUCGACAAUUGUUAAUGGGUGCUAUAAAUUCACUAAUAGACACCCCAGGUGGUUAUUCUGUUCUCCAGAAAAAUUCGGAAACUCGACAUUGUCGUUUUUGUGGGUCUGCUUACAAUGAUGUUUGUACAAAAGAUAUUCAAACGUCGCGUUUGGAAGAUCAUCAUCCUGCUGAGCUCUGUGGUAUUUGGCUGGGAAAAUUGUUUUCAAAUCAGAUGAAAGAAAUCCGUCUACAUGGUGACUUCAGAGCUUUGUCUGCAUCUCAAUCACACUGUGCUGAAACUGAAGGCGAUUUUGAAUCAGUAGGAUCUCCAUUGGUGACAUUACCAAAGCGUUCCUGCGCCCCAACAAGGUCACACGUCGCAACGUUACUUCGACAUUCUGAUGCCACAAAAAACCAAUCCACAUUAAAGGACUUUUUUUCUACUAUGGAUAUUCGUAAUUCAAGUUCAGUUCAGUAUACAGAACUUGAAGGCUGUCAUAUUAACGGGUGUUUGUUCGUAGAACAUGGGAAUUUGGUUUUCCAAGCUGCAAGCAAGAGGUCACAUGUUCCAUUUCUGCUCAUUGAUCAACAAAUGCUGGGACCAACUAGCGAAUGUGUUGCUCCAAUAUUUCAUCAAACUAAUAAAGGACGAUUCUUUGACAAUCCGAAACUGCACUGCCCAAUUCAACGUCCAUUACCCAUUUGUUCAUUCCCUGAAAAUGGUUCUCAUUUGGGGAAUUCAGAUAUCGUUGGACAGAAAUGCUCACCUUCGCUAGUGGAUAAUCCUUAUAUAUCGACAGACAGGUGCCCUGAAGAUGUCAAACCUCGUCUUCCACCACCACCUUUAAGAUUGUCAUGGCCGUUAGUCACUUUACGUCGUUUUGGCUUCUAUGGCAAUAGUUUGUUUAAAGUGGAAACAGGUAGACGGGCUCCACGCGGUGAAGGACUUUACUUGUUUCGUAUUAAACAUUUACGAGAAUUCAGGAAGUCAUUUGAGACAUGUGUUCAUCAACAUAGAGAUAAUCUAUCUGUUCAUCAAUUAUCAACAGCUAUUUCUGAAAGUCGUUCAUUACUACGAAGUAAUAAUAAUGGAAAAUUAUCAUUAAUUAUGCCAUUUAACAAAAUCUUCCACAAACAGUCAUCCAUAUCUCUAAGUACUACACCUAUGUUACAUGAUUCAAUCAAUGAAAGAAUCGAUCGAAAUCUAUUCAAUGGACGAAGUGAUCAUAAAAACAUAACUGAUAAUCAUGAUACAUUUCAUCAUUAUAAUCGACCGUAUCCGCCAGUUUUAUCGGAACGUAAUAAUUUAGCUUUUUCAUUUGAUGAUACAGAAAUUGAUCUCCUUCAAAGUCAAACUAUAAAGUUGACGAAUAAUAAUAAAAUUCAACAAAAACAAGAACAUCACGAUCGAGUAUCGACAAACUGUUUACAUUGGCUCCAGCUGCAGAACUCAUCAAAUAAUUUUGGUAAUAACGAAAAUAAUCAACAUGCUAAUAAUAAUCACACAAGCAGUAAUCAUUGUACUAAGCUGCAAAAUAGUUUUAAAUAUUCUUGUCCACAAUUAUCUGAUAUUGCAUCUAUUAAUCCAAUCAACUUUAAUGAUGAUGCUGCAGCUACUAGGAGCAGUAUUAAUCGUGAAUGUCAUCAUGUCGGUAAAGGAUAUUGUCAACGUAGUGGUGGUAGUUAUUUUUCUGUCCAUCGAUCAAAUAAUCAUCAUUCAUGUUGUCUUGAUAAAGACACAAAGAAUGAUACUGUUGUUGAUAUCGAUGAGUGUGUCGUUAACGUUGAUGAAGAUGAUGAGAUAUCUAAUCUACCUGAAGCACCUCUACCGCCUUUAUAUAACAAUUCAUCUUAUUGUGAUAUCAUACAGGGACAAAGUGUAUGUUGUCAACGAAUUUAUGAUAAUUUAAUUGCUAUCAAUAAUGGGGUUAAUAAUUGUGCUUCUGAUAAUGAUAACGAUAAUUGCUGUUGUAGUACAGUAAGGCGUUCAUCGCCAUCAAUGACAACACCAGCAACACCCACAGUUUGUUUCCCUCACCAACUAUCUAACGAAUACAGUGAUAACAAUAAUAUUAGCAAUGUAGCAGAAAUAGAUAAAAAGGCGAGUGUCGAUGAACAAACACUAGUUGACGGGGUUGGUACUGUAGUAUUAGCCGUAGAAAGAGGCGAUUCAACGUCAUCUUUUGGAGAAAAAAAAUUAGCACAUAUCAAUGCUUGUAACAACCCACCUGUUCUGUUGAAAAAAUCAUUAUCAUCAGAUAUAAAUCUUCCAGAAAUAAUCGAUAAACCUAGUUCAAUUAUACCAAACAAUACUACAGCCACUACUUCUACUAAUGGUGAUAAUAAUAAUAAUAAUAGCUCGAAAGAACAUGAUGUAAUGAGAAAGUUUAGGAACAAAUCUCAAACGUUAAUUUUAUCAAGAUUACCAUCAACAUCAACGUCAUCCAAGAUCUACUUACAUUCAAGGCAUGCUAGUCUACCAAAUCCAAAUACAUGUAGUAAUACUGUUAUUAUUGGUGAUGGUAUUAGCAGUCGUGAACAUAGUUAUGCUAACACUGGUGUUAAUCAUAGUCGACAAGAAAAUCUGUCAUUUCGUGUAAAUAAAAAGAUUCCAUGUGAUUAUUUAUGUAAGGUACAUCGUAAUCUUAGUAAUUCUUCAGACAGAAAGAAUUCUGAUAUGCUAGAUAUGAUUACUGAGUAUUCACCGUAUUAUAAUUUGUCGACAAGUCCUCAGACUUUAACUCAAAUCCAGUGUACUGGACUGUGCACUUCUCAGACAAUUACUUCAUCACUACCUGGAGAAAAUAAUCAAAAGUGUAUUCACUCAUCUAGUGUUUCGUGUUUACCUACUGCAAAUUAUCCCGUUUCAGGAGAUAAUAUAAAUCGUAUGUCAUAUUGCAGUUCGUAUUCAAAAGAAUCACCUAUUCAGCCUGCCCGUAAUCAACCCUCACCAUCAGUAGCAUCAUCGUCUGUAACAAUAAGUACUAAUAUUUCUGUUACUACUAAUAAUAACACUGCUACUACUUCUCCCUCAAUAGCAACAUCUACCACCACCACUGUUCCACGUAGGACAGGUAAUUUAGGCUGUCAUAACAAUUUUGAAAAGCCUACAAGUAUGUUGCACUAUGCGACAUUGGAUUUUGGUAUCAUCACUCCAGAAACAUCCCAAUACAGGAAUGAAAGUUAUUCCGAUAUGAAUACUGUUCGUUGGAAUAACAAUAUCCACGACAUAGAUAACACACAUACUGGUUCCAGUCGCAAUCAGAAAAUUUGCAGUAUCAACAACACUGUUACUAAUGCCAAUAAUAAUAAUAGUCACAAUAAUCUCAAUGAUAGUUAUUGUUCACGUAUUUACGGUACUCUUACAGAUACUUUACAUUCACAUUUAAUAGAAUCUCCUUGUCAUAAUCACUUUUCUGGACAUACUUUAUCUAGUAAUAACAGUGCAAACUGUGAGGAUAUAAUUCGUGAUGAAUCAGAUGCUGAUUUACCGUCAAAUUACGUUGCUAUCUGUCAGUUACAAACAUUGGCAAUGCGAGCUGUAUUAAGUGCAACCACAUAGUCAUCCAAUAAACCUUUAUUGUUGCAAUUCCACUACUUAUUUGUCAACAAGUAGUUAAAAAGAAACAAGUGCAAUUUCUA